UAUAAUUCACCCCUCUCUCAUUAUCACUUUACCCUCCUUGCUCCUCGUACCUUCUUCUCUUUUCUGAAAAUGGCCUCGACAUCGCGUCUAGCUUUCAGGAGACUUCUCUCUUCCACCGUCGUCGUCCCUCGUCCGGCGGCUGCUUAUCGCCUCUUCAAUACCAAAUCAGGCUUCUACGAUCUGAUUACACCAGCCAUGAGCUUGAGCCAUGUGAUUCAAUCCCUAGAGGACGAAGAAAAAGGCCCUCUGGUUGUAGCAACGGGUGGAAGACUUGGGUGGGAUGUGAAAGAGAAGGAGAAUGCCUUACACGUGAGGAUUGAUAUGCCGGGGCUUAGCAGAGAGGAUGUGAAGCUUUCUUUGGAACAGGAUACACUUGUGAUCAAAGGAGAAGAGCACGAGGAAGGACGUAAGUUUUCAAGUAGGAUUGAGUUGCCCCAAGAAGAAUACAAGGCGAAUGAGAUAAAGGCGGAGAUGAAAAACGGCGUGUUAAAAGUGGUGGUUCCUAAGAUCAUACAGCUACACCUUAACAAUCCUCUCCACAUUAAGGUCGACUAGAGGUUUCCUCUACGUUUCUGCAAAAGUUCUUCAUUAUCUUUCCUCUUUGCUACUUUCAACCUUCUAUUUGAAUUGUUAAAGCUUUCUCACUCCUUUGGUUUAUUGAACUAUCCAGUUUCUUAAUAUUUCUGUGAUCCUACUUGUCAAUUGAUCGUUUCUGUGAA